GCUUAUAAACACUUCCCAAACAUGUUUAAUUGUGGUGUGUUGUAAUGGUCCUGGAGCAUUUUUUUAAUAGUUUGCCAGAAUCAUAAGAAAAGUGCUCCUGUUCCAAUUACAUAACCUUGCUACUUGUAGAUGAUCUGUAAUUUUGUCAUUUUAAAAGUUACAUAUCUUUUGGGGUUGAGCAUUUGUAGUCGACUAUCUAUUGUUUAGAUACUAUGUUAAAGUUUUGGGACGUGGUCUUCAAAUUGCUUCAUAAAUGCUUUCCGUCCCUCCCAAUGGGGUCAUUGCUAAACCAUAAAUUACAUGUCAGUUAAUUUUAAGCUUCAUUCGCCCAAGUCUCCAUUAUGUUCCUGAAUUGUGUUAAGUUUUUCCUCCGGAUCGGUCAUGUAGCUCCUCCUGAUCAAAGCUCAGCUUUUGGAAUUUAUGUUUUUGUCUACAGUUAUAUUUUGUAAUUUUUCAACUUCUUUACCACUGCAAUUAAGAACUUCAGUCAUCAGUACAUGAAUUACUGAACGAAACCUUGGUUCUCAGUUAGAAUUAGGAACCAUAAUUUCCUCUGACCGUGUAAGUAAGUUGUGCGAAUAAAUACUGAUUUUUGUAUUUUUCAUGCUCGCAUCAAUUUACAUAUUUCCUGGUAACUAAUAGUCUGCAUUAGUACUGGCUACCCCGCUUUUGGAUGACAUGGGGAGCAUUUAGUGCAUUCACAGGGAUGGCGACCAUUAGUUUCAAAUACUGGAAUGAUUGUGUGGAUCCUCAAGACUUGGAGGCAAUGUGGAAGGAUCCUGACGUGAGAGCAGAAUGGCUUAAUGUUGGAGAGACUAUGGGAUCAAAGGUUCACCUCUCACGUGAUCCUGAUGGUCAGCCUUACUUGACGCAAACUGAGAUGAAGGCUGUGGCAGGAAUUAUUGUCCGAAGGCAUUUCGUCUCACAGAUUGAUUCGGACAUGCUUUGUGCUAUUGCUGAACUUGAAAGUGGUAGACAGACUCUGGCCACACAGUAUAACAAGAAAUCUAAAGAUUGCAUGAUGGGAAUCAUGCAAAUCUCAGUAAAAACUGCGGAGUGGCUGGUCAGAGAUUUGUCUUACCAGAUCUAUGGAUUGGACGGGGAUUCAAAACUUCUAUACAAGCCUUUUGUGAAUGUAUAUCUUGGUGCAGCCUAUCUUAAGUGGUUAUCAAACUUUGAGCAAAUAGAAAGAAGUGAGGAAUUCAUGGUUAGGGCUUAUAAAGGAGGUACCAAGAAGGCUACUCACAAGUCAACUUCACAGUAUUGGAAAAAAUACAUCUCUGUCAAGGGAACUCUUCCAACCAGAAAAGUCUUCGAAGUUGCUCCAAUGCCUAAUGCUCCCUCAGCUUCUGCGACUGCUGAUUCACCAGAAAAAGGUAUUACGCUUGUAGUCAACUUUGUUUUUAUUGAACAUAUUGAUAUAAAUAAGGAGGACAUCCUCCUUCCCUCCACUACCUCCUGA